CCUGCAUUGCCCUCAAAAACAUCACAGCUCCUCUAAUAUACGAUGCGUGCGAUUGCGUUCCUCAUCCUGUUGGCGCUAUGCGCGACCCUGGCUCUCAGCUACCCGGUAGGUUCGAUGACCGAGGCCACGACGGGCCAAACGAAACUUUCAUCGCAGUCCAGAGAUGGGACCAAUCAGGCAACUCGACGACGCAGAACUGUCUUCUCGCAAGGUCAACUACUUGAUUAUUUGGAGGAACCUGAUAGUUUCGACGCGCCUGACAGCUUCGAAGAGCCCGACAGUUCUAUGGAGCACGAUAGUUCCGAGGAGCACAACACUACCGAGGCACCUGACAGCUUCAAAAAACGUGACAUUUCCGAGGAGCACGACAGUUCCGAGGCACCUGACAGCUCCGAAGAGCGUGACGUUUCCGAGGAGCACAACACUACCGAGGCACCUGACAGCUUCAAAAAACGUGACAUUUCCGAGGAGCACUUCAGUUCCGAGGCACCUGACAGCUCCGAAGAGCGUGACAUUUCCGAGUAGUACGACGGGUCGAGGCACCUGACAGCUUCAAAGAGCGUGACAGCUCCGAGGCACCUGACAGUUUAGAAAAGCGUCACAUUUUUGAGGGGUAGGUACGACAGUUCCAGUUCCGAUACACCUGAGAGUUCUGAGGAGCACAACAUGCAGUUCUGAGGAGCAAUAAUAAUACAAUGACUCUGCAUGAUCGUUCUAAAGAACUUAC